UAGAGGGGCAAGGGUAGUGGGAAUGUGAUCAAUCUCCAUCCGUCUACAUUAGCAAUCACCUUAACACAGUGACAGACACCACGCAAAACUCAAGCAAAUUAGUUUGAUUUAUUUGGUUUUUAAAAACCCGGAAACCUUCACGAUCGACUAACAGGGAAACAACGACAGGGCACGCGCUGGGUGAGAAGUGAGAACCAAUAGGCUACAGCUCUUCUCCAUAAUGCACAGUUUGCACUGUAUUUGUUUUUGAGUUGCCGUCUUGAGUUCUCUGUCUUCGGGUUGCCAUCCAGACUUCCUCGGUAUUGGUGGAUAGCCGCAUUGGGUUCAUCUGGUCGCCUUUACCAGGCUACUAAAGGAGAGAAGCUUGGGGACAGGAAGGAGAGAAAAAGUGCAUUUACAUCGGCCCCUCUCUCGUCAAGCUGCAACAUCGGGGGAAAUCGAACUAUUGGCAAGAUCUGGGGGGACCCGUGACUGCCUCUAGCAUGAUGUCAUACCUCAAACAGCCCCCCUACGGCAUGAAUGGCCUAGGGCUCAGCGGCUCCGCCAUGGACCUACUGCACCCGUCUGUGGGCUACCCAGCGACGCCUAGAAAACAGCGUCGUGAACGGACCACGUUCACGCGCUCGCAGUUGGACAUCCUCGAGUCGCUCUUUGCUAAAACUAGGUAUCCGGAUAUCUUCAUGCGCGAAGAGGUCGCACUGAAAAUUAACCUUCCGGAAUCCAGGGUCCAGGUGUGGUUCAAGAACCGCCGGGCGAAGUGCCGGCAGCAGGCACAGAGCGGCAACAGUACCAAGGCCCGUCCGGCCAAGAAGAAGUCCUCUCCGGCGAGGGAGAGCACCGGGUCGGAGAGCAGCGGCCAGUUCACCCCGCCUGCCGUCUCCAGCGCAGUCUCCUCCUCUUCUUCCUCCUCCUCCACCAAUCACGCAGGGGCGGGCCUCAGCAACACCUCUACCUCCAUCAGCACCGUCUCGUCCAUUUGGAGUCCCGCCAUCUCCCCGGGCAACGGCCCGUUAACACCCGCCUCCGCCCCGCCGCUCGCCGAGCCCCCAGGACCCCCGUCCAACGCCUCCUGCAUGCAGCGGUCGGUCUCGGGGUCGGUCUCUGCCACCUCCUCCUAUCCCAUGUCCUACAACCAGACGACAGGCUACGGCUCCUACAACCCUACCCCGUCCAGCUCCUACUUCAGCGGGGUGGACUGCGGCUCCUACCUGGCCCCCAUGCACUCUCACCCACACCACCAGCUCAGCCCCAUGACGGCCUCUUCUAUGUCGGGUCACCCGCACCACCACAUCAGUCAGUCUUCAGGACACCAUCACCACCACCAUCACCAGGCUUACGGAGGCUCUGGCCUGGCCUUCAAUGGCUCAGACUGCUUGGAUUAUAAAGAGCAGACAGCGGCCUCCUCGUGGAAACUCAACUUUAAUGCCAGUGACUGCUUGGACUACAAAGACCAGGCCUCCUGGAGGUUCCAAGUCUUGUGAGGACUACAAAGACCAGGGGACUCAUGUCUUGUGAUUGGUAGACUUUUUUUUCUUCUCCCUUUAUUUUCUCUCCUUCACUAUUUGGUUUCCUCACUCAUCAUUUGUUGAUUUUUAAAGAGAAAAAAGUUUAUGAACUUUAAAAAGUAACAGCAAUUAUAGUUUGGAUGGACAGAAGCUCAUUGAUUGGACUUAUUUUUUUUAUUAUUUUCAAUAAAUGGUCCCUUUUUACGCUUAUGAAAACAACUUGAGAGAGGGCUGUGGGCUUGAUUGAAAAGUCGUUUUUACUUUUGUCAAUGAAGAAAUGUUUCGACCUUUUAACUAUGGACUGUUUUAACAAAUGUUUCAACCAAACUUCUGUGACCACUAGCGUCCUGUCCUGUCCUGUCCUGGCUCUGGCGAUGCGCUCAUGUCUGUCUCUGGAAAGAUGAGGAUUACCUACCGUCACCGUGCCAGUGCACGCGCUGCUUACCUCCGUCCAUUUCCAAUCAAAUCCUGUUUUUAUUUCUGAAAUGUGUUAUUUUUAGGAUGAAAGAGAUUUUAGUCAGCGACGUAAAGGCGUUGAAAUAUGUAUAUAUGUAUUUGGGUCAGUUACAGUGACCACGUUUAGUUGGUGUUUCUGAAUUUGAAAUUGUUUUAAUAAGAAGAACUUUGAAAAAACUAUAGCCGAUGUAAAUCAUUCCAAAGAUAACGAAUUGGCCAUGAAGUUCCAUUUUUUUUAUAUACGUUUUCCUUUAUAGACAAAAAAAUGCAUUAGACAACUUGAAAUGUCCUGGAGAAACGAAAUAAGAAAAUCUAAAAGUAAAACAUGUAUUAGAUCAUGCUCAAUCAGGACUGCAGUUUUUCAAAAGGAAAAGGUAUUUUUAAAAGUUACCUCCUGACUCUGGCAUUUGUCAAUCGUAAAAUUUGACAUAUUUUAACAAUAGCACUUGACUUCCUGUUGGAGUCAAAUUAAUCAUUUUUAAGAAUGUGGAUUUGCUGUUCCAAGAUGCCAGUGAAAUGUUGAAUGUAUCUCAAGGCGAACACCCUUAUCCAUUCAAUAAAGAUCCGUCAACUCAUA